GUCAAAGCUGGAUACAUCAGCUAUAGAAGCUAGAAAUGGCAAGGAUAUACAGGGAAUACCUUGGGAAAGGCUUAAUUUUACCAGAGACAAGUACCGCGAGACGAGGUUGAAGCAGUAUAAGAACUACGAGAGCCUGUCUCGCUCUCGUGAAGAUCUUGAAAAGGAGUGCAAGGAAGUAGGAAAAGGACACAGCUUCUACGACUUCCAGUUCAAUACAAGGCUCGUCAAAUCAACUAUCGUGCACUUUCAGGUAAUAUAGAUUUUUUAGCCUUUUCUUGUUUGGAUUUAUGUUAACCUUUGAUCAAGAAAAUCGUGGACUGGUCUGCCUCCCUGUAGUUCUUUGUGAUUGAUUUAGUCUCUGUUGUCUCAUUUUGCAUUAUUCAAUUAAACCUGGCAAACGACUCCCAUGGCUGCCUUUCUCAUUCUUGCCUUUCAUGUUUUUUUUCCUCAUUCAUUUUUAACUGGUUUUUUUAGUUGUUUGUUAUUUUACAUCAUUAUGAGUUAGUUUAAACAAAAGGAUUUUUUUUUUGAAACUGGUAAUGUAUAAAAGGAUUUGGUUAUUUACAGUCUAACCAUUGUGUGAGCUUUUGGUCGAUGAUCCGCGUCGCCUUUUUCUCCUCUCCAUGCAAUAACUAUACUUCUGCAGGUGCUCUGCUCCUAAUGUUCUGGAUAUUUUGAUUUAAACUGUUAGGCUGUUGGUUCACCCUUUCAUUAAUUCCAGAGGUAUGGAGUCUGCAUCCUCAUCGAAGAAUUCAGUGAGUUUGAUGCUUGAUAUGGAACAACUUAGAGAUUGACUAUGUGUGUGUCUAACUCAUUUGUGGACAGCUUUCUGGAAUAAUAAUUCACCAGAUCCAAUAUGUUUGAGAGAUGCCUCUUAUGGCCUCCAAGCUGGUGAAUUUGCAUCUGAUGUAAAUUUAGUGUUACUAUUUCUUGAUGCAGCUAAUUUCUUUUUCUUCUUCUGUUCAGAAAUCCAAAAGAUAUUGCCGAAUUUGACUUUUGCCAGUUUCUUCUAGUAAUGCUAUUCUGGCUACAUGACGAAGCAAACAAGAUUUACAUAGAAACCGUUCUUAUAUUCUGCAAUUACUUUUUAACUCAUUUUUUUAGUUAGCAGUUUAGUCUGCCUCGAUUGAUGUAUUGAUCAGAGAGCAGUGUUCACAAUAUCCUUUUUUAUGCAGAUUACAAACAUUUAAAGAAGUGUCUUAUGGAACUUUGUAAUUGUAGAAGAUCCUUGUUUUGGAACUUCACUCUUGAAUAUUUCAUCAUGAAUCAGCUGAAUGUAUUUUGAGGACUGGGUUUUGAUAUGGAAGCUUAGGAGUGAGGACAGAACCUGGCUUAUGCUGGAUUUGUAGUUUGUCGUUUUUUGCUGACAUAGAAUAUAGUUCUGACUUCUGAGUCAAAGUUGUUUGUUAUGUUCCAUUCUACUACUUGUGUGACAGAUCUACUUUUGCAGUGUCAAACAUAACAGUGGAGGCUGAUGGUUGAAAUUUCCGAACUUCCAAUUCUCUUUUGUGUGUCCCUCUAGAGAAUAAUCUUGAUUUUAUUUCAAUUCAUCUGUCGUGGUCCUCCAUUUUCAGUUGGUCGUUAACUAGUUCUGUUGCCUCUUCUGCAUGGUUCAUCCCUUUCUAUUCAAGGCCCAUUGUUCAUUGCAAACCUUUCUCGGCUGUUGCUCUAGAAGAGUUUGAGUUGAUGAACAUUUUUUUGCUAGUCAUUAUGUGAAAGUGGUUGUGUUUUAAUUCUUGUUGUAAAUGAUGUUUGUUUGAAUUGUUUUCUUUCAAAUAAAUAACCAGAUAUUGUAUGUGCAUUGUUAUUGUAUCUAUCUUUCAGCCUUACAAGCAGGUUGCAGUUAUUAUGUGAGCAGCUGGUGCAAGCAUUUUCCAUAUGUUGAGGAAUCUCUUGUGGUCGACAUCAAAACAUGAUGUGUAUCUCAUGCAAAACUACUCUGUGAUGCACUGGUCCUCACUUCUUGGAAAGGGGGAAGAAGUGCUUAAUGUUGCUAGGCCAUUGACGCCCACUAUGAAAUACCCUGGAUCAGCGUCUCAAACACUUCCCCGAGUGCAGAUCAGCACUAUGGCUGUUAGAGAUGGUUUGCUGGCUGCUGGGGGUUUCCAAGGGGAGCUUAUCUGUAAGUAUUUAAACCAACCUGGAGUUGCAUUCGCUACAAAAAUAAGUAUUGGAGAGAAUGCGAUCACCAAUGCUGUGGAUAUUAGUUAUAGUCCGACUGGCUCAAUGAGGGUGAUCACUGCUAAUAAUGAUCAGCAAGUCAGGAUUUUUGAUGCAAAAAGCUUCGUUUGCACCAAUCAUUAUGCAUUUCCUUGGUCUGUUAACAACACCUCUGUAAGCCCCGAUGAUAAAUUGCUUGCUAUCCUUGGUGAUAGUCCAGAAUGUCUACUUGCUGAUGCUCAAAGUGGAAAGGUUGUCAGCAACCUAAAAGGUCACCUAGAUUAUUCAUUUUCAUCAGCUUGGCACCCGGACGGAAGAAUUUUGGCAACUGGUAACCAAGACACAACUUGCAGAUUGUGGGAUAUAAGGAACACGUCGAAGUCCAUAGCAGUGCUCAAAGGAAGGAUGGGAGCCAUCCGUGCAAUCAAGUUCACAUCAGAUGGGCGCUUCAUGGCCAUGGCGGAGCCAGCUGAUUUUGUCCACAUAUUCGAUACACAAUCCGAUUAUGGUACCUGUCAAGAGAUUGAUUUGUUUGGUGAGAUUGCUGGGAUAUCCUUCAGUCCUGAUACUGAAGCUCUCUUUAUUGGAGUGGCUGACCGAACCUAUGGUAGCUUACUGGAGUUCAACCGUAAACAUUACCGCCACUACCUUGAUUAUGUUUUGUAGUGUAAGGCACUUGCCUGUGUCGGUUUUAAUACGGGCAUCUGCUUGUUUGGUACAUAGUUUGUGUAUACUUAAUGCGAUUGUGGAAGAGCUGCGCUGAUGUCUGCGUAGCCUGAUGGCCUUGCAGGGGCUGUUCCUACCGAAGUAUAUUAAUAUAGGAGUGUAAUAUCAGAACGAAAUCGUGUGGUCAAAAAAGUAUUCGUUCAUGGCCAAUUUUAUCACAGUGCCAUGUGUUCUGUUCAAUUAUUAUUUCUUUUUAUUCCAAACAGAAACAAUGUUUCUGAGGCUUCAAGCUA